AUGUACGGUAGUUCAAGCAAGUACAGCUACGAAGUACGAUGGCGUGGUGGAAGUAUGGCGCUGUGGCGCGCAGCGGCGCAUGGCGUAGUGGCGUAG